UCCCGCUCUCUCUGAUUUCUGGCUGAAGCGCUGACAAAGAUCAGCAAAGCUCUGCUUGGAAGAUGAACAAUGAACGACACCUGAGGUUAAUUUCUUCUCUCCAAGCCCAGGAUUUGUGUCAGGCAUAAUUGGCAGACUUGAAGAGCAAACCUUGACUCCUACGCUGACCUGCGUUUUGUGCAUCACUGACUGAUCAAGUUGCUCUUUUGUGGGUUUUUUUCCAACAAUGCAAAAACCCUGAAUGGCAAAAGGCUCGGAUCUCUCUGGGAAGAACAUCGGUGGAAGAAAAAAAGAGGUUUUAACUAAGCUGAGCGGAGAAUGUUACGCCUGUAACCGAGCUCAUAGAAGAGGUCUGUUUGCAUCUCAGCAUUAAACCCUGCUUAUCUCAUAAAGCAGAACCUCAGCAUGCUUUUUAACUCUUUCAGGGUUAUGAUCACAUCUUAGUGUGGAGGUUUCAUUCAGUUAGCUCUGUGGAAAAGACGCUCUUUGUCCCAGACAAACACAGAACGUUCAUUAUGUUGGGCGCUGGUACAAUUUUACGGCUGCUUUAGGAGACACUUUGUCAGUCUGUUGCAUCCCUUUUCUUUUCUCUUCAGUCUAACAGUAUUUUCAAGUUUUCUUCGACGCCACUUGACUAACUUUCUUUUUGCAGUCUACAACAAUCACACUUUCCCUCUUCCCUCCAACUCUUUGGACACUUUUCCACUCGUUUUUGAUAUAUUUUUCUUUAUUUUAUCAGUUCCCUCCUCUCGCCUGAGGGCAGGCAGAGAAAGCACACUGCAUCCACCCCUAAUUGCCUUCUCUGCCUCUAUCCCCCCCUCCACCUGCCUUCCUCAGUAUUUCUCUCACUUGUCUUGCGACAGUACCCACUGUUCAGACACCAUGUGCUCCUCCGAGGAGCCGUGGAACUCCACCGAGCCGGCUGGAAUCAAUGGAUCCGAGGCAAACUUCUCUCAGGGAGGACAUCCGUGCGGUGCGGAGGAGGAUGGAAAUCAGCAUCCUUUUCUGACCGACGCCUGGCUGGUUCCUCUCUUCUUCUCUCUCAUCAUGCUGGUCGGACUGGUGGGAAACUCGCUGGUCAUUUAUGUCAUUUCCAAACACAGACAGAUGCGGACGGCCACCAACUUCUACAUAGCAAACCUGGCAGCCACUGACAUUAUUUUCUUGGUGUGCUGCGUUCCCUUCACCGCUACACUUUAUCCCCUCCCUGGAUGGAUCUUCGGCAAAUUCAUGUGCAAAUUCGUUGCCUUUAUGCAACAGGUGACAGUGCAAGCCACGUGCAUCACCCUGACUGCAAUGAGCGGGGACCGCUGUUACGUCACAGUCUACCCUCUCAAAUCUCUCCGCCACCGCACCCCCAAAGUAGCCAUGAUUGUCAGCGUUUGUAUUUGGAUCGGUUCUUUCAUUUUGUCCACCCCAAUUUUAAUGUACCAGCGCAUAGAGGAGGGCUACUGGUACGGGCCAAGACAAUACUGCAUGGAGAGAUUUCCCUCUAAGACACAUGAGAGAGCGUUCAUCCUCUACCAGUUCAUUGCUGCCUACCUGCUGCCUGUGCUCACCAUCUCUUUCUGCUACUCUCUGAUGGUGAAACGUGUCGGCCAGCCCACAGUACAGCCCGUGGACAACAACUAUCAGGUCAAUCUUCUGUCUGAGAGAACAAUCAGUAUCAGGAGCAAAGUCUCCAAAAUGGUUGUGGUUAUCGUUCUCCUCUUUGCCAUCUGCUGGGGUCCCAUCCAGAUCUUCGUCCUUUUCCAAUCUUUCCAUCCAAACUACCAACCCAGCUACGCGAUGUACAAGAUCAAGACGUGGGCCAACUGCAUGUCGUACGCCAACUCCUCAGUCAACCCCAUCGUUUACGGCUUCAUGGGAGCCAGCUUUCAGAAGUCCUUCAGGAAAACCUUCCCGUUCCUGUUCAGGCGCAAGGUCAGAGACAGCAGCACGGCCUCGAGGACCGCCAAUGCUGAGAUCAAGUUUGUUGCAGCCGAGGAGGGCAACAAUAACAACAGUGUGAACUGAUUCUGACCAUUGGUGAAACAAACAGGGAGGUUACCGUCUUAGGAAUGCAGAGAAGCAUUCCAGUCAUCGUGGAUGUCGGCUAAAAGCUUAUUUGAACAUCCGAAAGACUUGAACAAAGGUGCAAGUCUUUGACAAAAGCAGAAGAUUUUCUGGGUUUUUCUGAAACAUGUUGAAGACCGUUGAAAGAAUUUGUUUCAUUAAUUGCAGGCUGGAGCUUUAUGGCUAACAUGACUGAACUGAGGGUGUGUGGUGAAAUUACACACUAUGAGAGGUUAGCUGGCAGCUUCGCACAAUUGGAGCUGUUACAGAAGUGGAAGCAGCUCAGUGGCUUUAAAUCUGUGCAUCACAUUAACGGUGACUCUGGCUCUUUUGAAAUCGGCAGUUUCAGCAUUUUGACUUUUACAUCAGAACUGAAACCUUGCUCCUGUGGGGAAAUGAUUUCAGAGUCUCACUGUUUACACAUUUCACAUUACAAACAGCCUGAAGCAACAUAUUUCUCCUUUUAGCAUCGAGUGUCGUGUUACAUCACAGCAUUUAGGCACAAUGUGACUUCUAUGUUGAUUUUGCUUUGGCACAAUUACAGUUUCUGUUUCCAUCUAAAGUGGUCAUUCCAGGAUUAUAACAGCUUCACAUCUAUUGCUUAGGCAACAGUUUAAAAAGCAGAAGAAUGUUUCUUGGUGUUGGGACGCCUGAAUUUCUAUUCUGGAUCUGUUGUCCUGAUGACGACCUCAGAUAUGUAGAGGAAAACAAACGUUUUUUGUUUGUUUGUUUGUAUUAAUGCCAAAGAAUAGGAAUGCUAUAGUGCUCUGAUGCUUCAACUUACAUUAACUUGUGUUUAGUUUACCUUUUUUUUUUUACUUCAUAAGUAUUCUAUGGUUCAAACAUCCUUGACUGUUUAACUGACUUUGACCAGAGAAUAGUUUAGCCAAAUGAGUAAAAACACAGGAGUGCAAGUGGAGCCAUUAGUUUACUUAAAAACUGCCAUUCGGUGAAUUUUACCAAGUGUAAAUGUUUAAAACCAUUUUAAGGCUUAUUUUAUUAAAAUGUUUAUUAUGUACAGUGUCCAAGAACAAAGAUGAGUUUAUAGGACGGGACUUGAAAACAAACCUGUUGGUGUUUAGCAGUCCUGAUAGAGCUUUCAUCAUAAACCUGCUGCUUCUGUGUUUUUGUGUCUGUGGAACAUUAAUGUUAAAUUGUAGUUGUUAUUUCUAACUUGUUAUUAAGCAGUUUACAAAUGUUUUGUAUCAGUUUAUAAAUCAAUAUAAUAAAAAAUACAUA